CUGGACCCCGGGGCCAACCGGCUUCUUUCUUCCUUCCCUCCCAUCCUGGCUCCCGCCCGCCGGCUCCGGGACCACAGCCACGUCUGAAAGCUCUUCAUUGUGUGCGCUCCGCUCCGGGCGGGCAGCGCCGAACAGCGCGCGGGCCGCUGGCGGCCGCACAGGUUCCCUACGCCGUGAGUCUCCAGGUGCUUCCAAUAAGUUGGUAUCCGUAAAGCCUCAUCCCUGCCAUCUCCGGGUAUCCCUUAGUAGCCUUGGGACCCCACGGAGCAAAGCAGCCCCUGCGGACUCCCAGUGAAGAGACAGCAGACUGUGGAGUGGAGCGUGGAAGAGACGACAAGCCUUUGCCGAGCCUCGGGAGCCGCGCCAGGACCUGAGGGCCCUCCAGCAUCUUCCAUGGAUUUGUGAUUGAGGUGGGCAGCUAUCCCAGCAGCCCUGGACUGUGGCUUCGGCCAGCAGCAUGUGGCUGCCACGCAUCUCCAGCACCGCAGUGACCGUGCUCUUGCUGGCGCAGACGGGCCUCCUGCUCUUCCUGGUCUCCCGGCCCAGGCUGACAUCCCCAGCGGGUGGCGAGGAGCGAGUGCACGUGCUGGUGCUGUCCUCCUGGCGCUCAGGCUCGUCCUUUGUGGGCCAGCUCUUCAGCCAACACCCUGAUGUCUUCUACCUAAUGGAGCCUGCGUGGCACGUGUGGUCCGCCCUGUCGCAGGGCAGCGCACCGGCGCUGCACAUGGCAGUGCGUGACCUGGUGCGUUCGGUCUUCCUGUGUGACAUGGAGGUGUUUGACGCCUACCUGCCGUGGCGUCGCAACCUCUCCGACCUCUUUCAGUGGGCGGUGAGCCGCGCACUGUGCUCACCACCAGCCUGCAGUGCCUUUCAGCGUGGAGCCAUCAGCAGCGAGGCCGUGUGCAAGCCGCUGUGUGCACGGAGGCCCUUCAGCCUGGCCCAGGAAACCUGCCGCUCCUACAGCCACGUGGUGCUCAAGGAGGUGCGCUUCUUCAACCUGCAGGUGCUCUACCCACUGCUAACCGACCCAGCGCUCAACCUGCACAUUGUGCACCUGGUGCGGGACCCACGGGCGGUGCUGCGCUCACGUGAGCAGACAGCCAAGGCACUGGCACGUGACAAUGGCAUCGUACUGGGCACCAAUGGCACAUGGGUGGAGGCCGACCCAGGCUUGCGUGUGGUGCGCGAGGUGUGCCGCAGCCACGUGCGCAUCGCUGAGGCUGCCACCCACAAGCCACCGCCCUUCUUGCAUGGCCGCUACCGACUGGUGCGCUUCGAGGACCUGGCGCGAGCACCGCUGACGGAGAUCCGCGCACUCUAUGCCUUCGCUGGCCUGAGCCUCACGCCGCAGUUGGAGGCCUGGAUCCACAACAUCACUCAUGGGUCCGGGCCUGGCGCACGCCGCGAGGCCUUCAAGACCACGUCCAGGGAUGCACUCAACGUUUCCCAGGCCUGGCGCCAUGCGCUGUCCUUCACCAAGAUCCGCCGCGUGCAGGAGCUGUGUGCUGGUGCACUGCAAUUGCUGGGCUACCGGCCUGUGUUUUCCGAGGAUGAGCAGCGUGACCUCUCCCUGGACCUGGUGUUGCCGCGUGGCCCGAGCAGCUUCAGCUGGGCAUCAUCCACCAACAAGCACCCCGGGCCUUAGCAGUAGGCCCCAGCUGUGGAGGAAACUAUGGUGGGGAGGGAACCGGGAAACACAGUGCACAGGCCGUUACUGCAGUGGCCUGGAGUUCGGUGUCCUCCCUUGUAUUAGGAUAGGGCAGCAUACCCAAACUCCGUGUUUCUUUAUUGCCAUUGCUUGGUUUUCCUUCGAGCUCUCUUUCCCAGCCAAGUUCCCAACAGGCACAUUCUUCAUGGAAAGCGAAGCUCCUGCCCCCACUUCCUCUGGGCACUGGGAAUAGUUCAGACGACUUGGCUUCUACUCAAGCUCUUUCUUUCCCCUUAUCUCUCUCCUCCCGCGGAUGAUGCAUCACCCAGCAGCUGAGAAGGGUGUCUCCUCUCUGUCUGGGAGUGGAGGGGUACUGCAGUGGGCUGGGUCCCAAAGUCUGUACAUCUGCUCACAUACACCUCAGACUCCAUUGUCCCUGGCACCACACUCCAACAAAGCUGUUGACAUUUAUAUCCACUUGUAUCUUCAGCAAAAAGUCAGACCAGAUGCCUCUUAUCUUGUGGUCUCCCCCUAGUCUCUCUCUGCCCCAUCUCCCAGGAGCCCACACACCCCCAUCACCUGCCCAGGUAAGGUGAACCUUUGAUUUGUCCUGAUAGGAAAGAUCCUACAUACAGAAAUAAACAUAAUUAACCUGUGUGAUACAGGUUAGAGUUUACAGCCUGUAAAGUUUGACAAGCAACAUGCCAGAGUGAAGGGGCUUGUCCAAGGCCACACAGUAAGAAGGAGAAUGAAGGGAGGAGGAAGAUUUUGCUGAAUUAGGCUUGCAGGGACCUGUCUCCUGGACAAAGAUGGGUCAGGUUUUCCUAUCUUAUUUGUCCUAGGGAAGAACAGUCAGCCAUGGCUGGAACCACAAGUGUGCAAUACAGAAAGUGGUCAGCUCUGGGCCCUGGGUGAGGAAUCUAGAGUCUCCUAGGUAAGUCUGGAGGGACGCAGAGAGGAGCAAAGGUGGAGGGAGAGAAGGCUGGGGAGGUCUGGGCGACAAGCCAGGCAGAGCAUGUGGUGGAACAAGAGGUUGGCAGCAGGAUCAGUGCUUGGAGGGCAGGUCACAGGGUGAGUGUAACUAGAUCAGGUUUGCUAUGAGCACAGGAGGGAGGGAGGCAGGGGGAAGGCUCUGUCUUCCUUUGGUCAUUCCAGGCCAAAGCCCUAGAGGAGAGUGGAGUAGGAUUCCUAACUGCAAACUGCAACACCUAGCUCUGGAUGCAAAAUCUUAUUAAAGAGAUGCUGGCUGUGUAGAGGGCUUAGUACUGAGCUUAAAGAAUGACUAAAAGGAAAAAAAGCUCACAAAACCUCUAGGAAGCUCAAGGCAGCAGAUUUGAGACCACACAAAUGGAAUAUACCAAAUUCCACUGAGCCAGAGAGUUGGUCUGGGGACUGACAGUUGCCACCAGAACUAUGGUACCAAUUACCUCUGGAAAUGAGGGAGCUGUCCUCACUGUUGCCAUCAGCUGCCAGAAGGGCUUCUGGGGGGUGCUAGCUUCUGAUUCUCAGACGUGACUUUAGAUUGGUGGGACCUGGAUUGUGGACCCACAUCUUCACUGCAAAGCAGGCAGGGCAAGGAGGGCAUGGCAUUUUCUGCUUAUUUUCUUGCACAGAUCGGUGAUCUAUUGACCUUGAAGGUGAAGCUUCAGGACUCCUCAUUUGAGGAUCCAUCAAGCCAUAGGGGCUUCAGGCUCCAUAAAACCUAGAUCUGCCCCUGCUCACAAUAUCAUUGAAUAGGUAUUUAAAAACCCCAGAUUUAUUAAUAGAAGCUCUGUGACAUAGAAAGGCUAGGGUCACAUAACUUAAUUUUGGGGGUAGGACUCAAACACAUCUUUGACUUCAAUACUUCUUACAGGUAAACCAAACUGGACAUGCAGCAAAGACCCUGCCGCAGCCUUGGGAAGCUAGAUCAUUUCUCCCUGGUGAUGACAUAGAUCCCUGGGUAUUGGGGAGCAGUCCUGGCAUUUGGCUGCAAAUAUUUCAGCCAAAUCUUGAGAUGAUCCAGAGAUAUCUCAAGGAUCAGAAUGUUGAGGGGUGUGGUGGGCAAGUGCUGAGGCGUUGGGGCCCCUGCCACUAGCUCCUUUCCUUCCUGCAUUCCUCCCUGUCCUCCGCCCUCUAUUGGCCCCUGGGGAUAAAGCUGUCCUCUGCUGGCCCUGCCUGAACAGAGUACACUGGAGUGGAGGACCCAGCCUAGGGACAUUCCCAGGCAACGAGGUAUGUUUAGACAAAGGAGGGUGAGCAAGAGGUUCAUGGUGCCAGAAGCCAAGAACGGGGAGACAAUGAUUCCUAGUGAGGUCCAGGAGGAAGGCUUUAGGGUCAGGCUCAGACCCAGCCUGAUUGGCAUCUCACAAGUUGCAUUUGCCUCUGCUGGGUCACGAAUUGUAUCAAUGGCUAUAAUUAUUGGCCUUAACUAUAAAGUUCAUCCAUUCUCACCUGACUCCUGAGGUCCCAGGAUAAGGAUGACUGGCUCCCAGACUGCUCCGUGCAUAUCAGGCACUCUGGGCAAGCCUCUGGGUGAGUUCCCUGGCCCUGGGGUGAAACUAGAGCAGGUUCAGGACAGACAGGCAGUACCCAGCUGAGUGCCCCAAUGAGUCAGGCCCAGUACCAGGCUCUGGGGACAUAGUGAGGGACAGAGCAGUCACAGCCCUUACUCUUGUGGGGAGUGCAGACCCUAUGUAAAUAUCCCCAUAGGUAAACAUGCAACUUAAAUGUUGGUUGUGCCCUAAGAAAAAACAAUAAGAAUGGGUAGACCUAUUGUACUUUAGCAUGGAGAGUCAGACCUUUGAAACAUUUGGUUUAAAUAAAUGAAGGAGGAAUAGGAGUUCACCGAGUACAGGAUGAAGGAACAGAAACAGAGAAAGACAGGGAUUGGUCCAUGGCUCAAGGAACCUUGGCUUCUUGUUGGUCCCCUUGGAAUCAAGUUUUCUUGACAAAACAAAAGACAUACUCCUGAGAAUCCAGGCUCUUGGGAUGGGAGAAGCCCCCAGGAGAUGCCUGAAUUUGCCUGUCUAUAGCAGUUCCUAAAAGAACUGCUGGAUCAGAGCAUUUAUGUUUGAAAUGUGAAACUGUCCAAUUACUCUGGAAAUGGAGUACCAAUUCCUCCCUGGAAUGGGGUCAAGAAUGCUUUUGUCACCCUCUUACUGACAACUCCCACCCUUACCUAUAUAGGGUUAAAUCAAUCAUUUUCAUUCUCGCUAGCUGACAGAAUAUUACUCAGUGCUUUAAAAAUGAGCUAUCAAGACAUAAAAAGAAAUGGAGAAAACUGAAAUGCUUAUCUCUAAGUGGAAGAAGCCAGUCUGGAGGAUUCCAUCUAACUCUGGAGAAGGCAAAACUGUAGAGACAGUAAAAAAAUUAGUGGU